AUGGAACCAGGAAACGUUACUCGGCCUUCAGAAUUUCUCCUUCUGGGACUCUCAGAGGACCCACAGCUGCAGCCCCUCAUUUACGGGCUCUUCCUCUCCAUGUACCUGACCACGGUGCUUGGGAACCUGCUCAUCCUCCUGGCCAUCGUCUCUGACCCCCACCUGCACACACCCAUGUACUUCUUCCUCUCCAACCUGUCCUCUGUGGACAUCGGCUUGACCUCCACCACUGUGCCCAAGAUGCUGGUGAACAUCCAGACCCACAGCCAGCUCAUUACCUAUGCAGGCUGCAUCACCCAGAUGUACUUUUUGUUGCUUUUUUCGGGGUUGGACAUCUUUCUCCUGACGGUGAUGGCCUAUGACCGCUACGUGGCCAUCUGCUACCCCCUGCACUACACUGUUAUCAUUCACCGCUGGCUCUGUGGGUUAUUGCUUCUGGCAUGCUGGAUCCUGGGUGUCCUGAAUUCCCUGUUACACACCCUCAUGGCUUUGCGUCUGUCCUUCUGCAGUCACUUGGAAAUCCCACACUUCUUCUGUGAACUGGAUCAGGUCGUCCACCGUGCCUGUUCUGACACCUUUCUCAAUGACAUGGCCAUAUAUGUUACAGCAGUGCUGCUGGCUAUGGGUCCCCUUGCUGGCAUCCUGUUCUCCUAUUCUAAGAUAAUAUCCUCCAUACGUGCAGUUCCAUCAGCUCGAGGGAAGUACAAAGCGUUUUCCACCUGCACCUCUCACCUCUCGGUGGUCUCCCUGUUUUACUGCACGCUCCUGGGUGUGUACCUGAGUUCUGCUGUCACCCAAGACUGGUGCUCUACUGCAGUAGCCUCACUGAUGUACACUGUGGUCACCCCCAUGCUGAACCCCUUCAUCUACAGUCUGAGGAAUGAAGACAUCAAGAGAGCGCUGAGAGGACUUCUCGGGAGGGCAUCGGGCAGAGGACCAGCUGACCCACCUCUGUAG